AUGUUCGAGACCACUGGCGUCACUCCAGCUGGCAGGAUCAGUACGCAUGGUGAGCAUCUCAUCUCCACUCAUCUCGCGCAGUCGACAGCCAACGUCAGAUGGCUGAUGCUCCCAUUCGCGCUCACGCCAUGUUUGACGUCUUCUUGCAUGGCAGAUCUGGGUCUUUGGAAGGAUGAGCAGAUUCCAGCAUUCAUUUCCCUCGUAUCAUCCCUACGCACCCUCUCGCCCGGUCUGACAGUGGGCGUGCAGCUGGGCCAUGCAGGCAGGAAAUCCUCCACAUUUCCGCCUUUUCAGCGUCGCCCACGCAAGCACGAGGAGUGGGCGGAAGAGGAGGAAGGCGGUUGGCCAGAGGAGAUUGUCGCUCCCAGCGCUGUCCCUUAUGGACCCAACUGGUUCAAACCUCGCGAGCUGAGCAUCAGCGAGAUCGAGGAUAUACAGCAGCAAUUCAUCCAAGCUGCAGAGAGAGCCUACGACAAGGUCGGUGUCGAUUUCAUCGAGAUCCACCUGGCUCACGGCUACCUCGGAGUGAGUGGGGAUAUGGAGAGUGGCGGCAAAGAUGCGUAGCUUGCCUUGCGCACUGACACUUGUCCAUCUUUUCUGCAUCCCCUUCAGCACCAAUUCCUCUCGCCGCUAUCCAACAAGCGCACAGACCAGUAUGGCGGUUCCUUCGAGGGUCGCACAAAGUUUUCCUUGGACGUCAUCAAGGCCAUCCGAGCCAGGUGGCCAGAACGCUCGCUCUGGGUGCGAAUCUCUGCUACGGAUCAAUGUGAUCACUUGGCUGCCCAGGGUACAGAGGUGUGGGACUUGGAGCAGACCAAGAAGCUGGCAGAAAUCUUGGAUCGAGAGGGUGUGGCUGUGCUGGAUGUCAGCUCCGGCGGUCUAGUGGCCGAGCAACAGAUCCAGGUGAGCUCUUCCCCGCAAUCUUGUUUGCGCCGUCAUUUCUUGCUGCAACUGACUUGGGCGCAUCGUCUACCACGCACGACAAGGUUGGGCACGCCUACCAAGCGCCAUUGGCCGCCGGCAUCAAAUCGCUGAAUCUGCCCUCGAUGAAGGUCAUGUCCGUCGGCAUGCUCGAGUCGGGACCGAACGACAAGGCAGGAGAGGUGGCCGAAGCGACGCUUCAAAAUGGUCAUGCAGAUCUCAUUGCUAUCGCAAGAGGUCAGAUGGCAUCGCCCAAUUGGACCGAACUGGCUGCUGCCAACCUGGCCGGCGUGCGAACGGUCGAGAACCCGAGCUACCAUAGAGUGAGCAUGGCGCAUCGAGUAGGGGAGGCGUUGUGGAUGCGCUAGCUAAGACACAGUGUCCCCUCUUCCUCUUCCAUCUAGAUUCACGGACCAAAGCGCACUCCGCAUUGA